AACACGCCUCAAUGUAAAUACGGAUCCCUGCAGCAGCCACAUUGCCAGUAAUUUUCUGUCAAAGUCAAUUCAACAAAAGUGAAAACACAAUUGCAAAUUGCCAAGUAAUUCCCUCCCACAUUGUGGCGGAGGUUACGAAAUUACGGUGAUUGCUGAACUGCAGACGCGCCGAUUCAUCUGCAGAGCCAACAAAACCUUCUAUAAAUAGACCACUGCCCAAAGGACGCAUAUAAGACCACCGACAUAAACCUUCCACGGCUUUAUAUAGAGCUUCGUUGUAGAACAAGACAUAGGAAAUAGAACCGGAAACAGAAAUACAUAAAACCACACUCAGACACUUUCCCAGCUGAUCCAUCCUAGCUAUAGCUGAAGUUAAGUUAACUCGAUGGAUAAUUGGAAUGUUUUGGCAGCGCAAACAACAGCACAAGCCAUUGGACGCGAUGAUACGGUAGUGAAGACGCGGCUGACCAUCGAGAAGCUGCCCGAUAAGGUGCUGCUGCACAUCUUUUCGUAUCUGUCGCACAGAGAGAUCUGUCGCCUGGCUCGGAUUUGUCGUCGCUGGCGUCAGAUUGCAUAUGACACGCGACUCUGGAAGAAUGUGUCCCUCCGGCCGGAGGUAUCGGGUCUACAUGUGGGCUCCCUGGAGAUGCUCCUCCAGCUGAUAUCGGUAAGAUUCGGCCCGACGCUGCGGUACAUUGAACUGCCCAUCGAGCUGAUCACACACACGGUCCUCCACGAGCUCUCCGGCAAGUGUCCCAAUUUGACGCACAUGCUGCUGGACUUCUCCACGGCCAUGCAGCUUCACGAUUUCAGCGAGAUGCAGACAUUCCCCACCAAGCUGCGGUAUAUGUGCAUCUGUUUGUCUGAGGUCAUCUUUAUGGAAGGUUUUAUGCGAAAAAUAUACAACUUCAUCAAUGGCCUGGAGGUGCUCCACCUUAUUGGCAGCUACGAGAAGUGCGAGGAGGAUGAGGAGGAGAUCUACGAGGUCAUCAAUGUGCACAAGCUCAAGUCUGCGACGCCCAAUCUGCGUGUAAUCAAUCUGUACGGCAUCAAUUUCAUUGAUGACUCCCACAUCGAUGCCUUCAGUUCCAACUGCAUCCAGCUGGAGUGCCUGGCCGUCAACUUUUGCAACAAGGUCACCGGAUCCACCCUCAAGACCCUCAUCCAGCGCUCCAAGCGGCUGACCUGUCUGCUCAUGAAUGGCACCAGCCUCAAGUCAGAGUUUGUGAUGCAGGCGGAGUGGGACAAGUGCGCCCUCCAGGAGCUAGAUAUCACCGCCACGGAUCUCUCGACUGAGUGCCUGGUGGACAUGCUGACGCGUAUACCCAGCCUGAAGUUCCUCUCAGCCGGACAGAUCAAUGGCUUCAACGACAGCGUUCUCAAGCUCUGGAUGGAGUCGGGAAAUACCAGACCUCUCAUUUCUCUGGACAUGGACUCCUCGGACAACAUCACCGAUGAGGGAUUGUUAAAGUUCCUGCAGCGUCACGGUCAUCAGCUCAGUGCUUGCUGCCUCUCGGGCAUGCCCCACAUCACGGAUCAGCUGUGGAUGAGCAUCCUACCUCUGCUGGGCAACUGCAAAAUCAUUGUCAUGGGUACGGCGGAGAAGCUCGGGGUGAAUAUCCAUGUGGAUCAGCUUAUGGACACCAUUGCUUCCAACUGCGGCAACCUGGAGCGUCUCGAACUGCGCUGGGAUCCUGACAAUCUCCGUUUCUCAGACAAGAGCCAAAAGGCCAUCGAUAUUUUGCGCGUCAAGUGCCUUAAACUGCGCUGCAUGGUCCUCAGCGAUGGCCGCUACUAUGAGACCGUCAAGGCAAACUUCGAGCGUGCCGAUCGCAUCACUGUAGUUCGCACCACGACCUGCUGCCGGGUCUCUCCUUAUCAUCUACUGCGCAACUACAAUGAUUUGAUCUUUAACUGAAGUGCAGUGGACAGGAUAUGAUCCAUCUGUUAAUUAUUUUGUGCUAGUCCUAGUCAUGUCUCCAUCUUAUGGCUGUAAAACACACGGCAGUCGUGUUGGAGGUGGCUCUCCGAAACAUAUUUCUAGUCAAAAAAGGCUUUACAAUAGUUUCUGUGUGUGUUUCGCUUAGAUUAUAUUGUUUUGUUGUUAUCUGUAUUUUCCGCUUCUUUCGUUUGAUUAAAUUAAAUCUAAAUAAACGUACAUAGGUAAUUGAAACAAAAA